GUAGGUUGAAUCAGUCAGUAACAGCUGUUGACAAGAGCCGUUUCGUUCAUAUAAACACAGCCGGUCUCAUUUUUGUGUUUAGACACUGUUUUUAUUAGCCUUUUCUGCCUCAUGGUAGAUUGUUUUAGUUGACUUUCGGCAUUUUGUACUUAAAUGGGAUGAGAAAACACAAGAGGAAGAAACAAAUCGGUGCAGUUGGGGGCAAUGAGAAUGGAUUUGUUACAAGAGAAUCGGAUGGUGGAAGAAAACAUAAGCUGACCGUCAUUCAUCAGGCUUUGAUAAGAGAUCCGGUGGACAUUGAGGCGCUGAGGAGAGCUGCAGCCGGUAACGGAGGCUUACUCACCGAUGAGCUAAGGAGAAAAGUGUGGCCUAAAUUACUGAACAUAAACGUGUACAACCUACCACCCAAACCUGGUCGAGAAGUGAGGGAGAACCACAAGGACUACAAUCAAGUUGUCCUGGAUGUCAGAAGGUCCAUGAAGCGAUUUCCUAAAGGUAUGCCAGCCUCAGAGCGAGCCGUUCUGCAGGAGCAGCUGAUCAACAUCAUCCUGGAGGUGCUGAAGCGAAACCCGCAGCUCCACUACUACCAGGGCUACCAUGACGUGGCUGUGACUCUGCUGCUGGUGGUUGGGGAGCGCAUGUCCAUUGCCAUGCUGGACACUUUGUCCAAUUUUCAUCUCAGGGAUUUCAUGGAUCCGACCAUGGACAGCACCAAACACAUUUUAAACUAUCUUAUGCCCAUAUUGGAACAAGUUGAUGCAGAGCUACACGACUUUAUGAUCAGAGCGGAGGUCGGAACCAUCUUUGCUCUCUCCUGGCUCAUCACGUGGUACGGCCACGUCCUGUCAGAGUUCAGACACACGCUGAGGCUGUACGACUUCUUCCUGGCCUCCCAUCCACUGAUGCCCAUCUACCUUGCUGCUACGAUUGUGUUGCACAGAGAGAAGGAGGUGAAGCAAACCGAAUGCGACAUGGCUAUGGUGCACCACCUGCUCUCCCACAUCCCCCAGGACCUCCCGUAUGAACUCCUGAUCUGCCAGGCGCAGGACCUGUUCGAACAGUUCCCUCCAUCGCUGCUGGCCAAGCGGGCUGCACUGCAGUCUCGCAAGAGGCCUGGAGGCUUCCCCGCCUGCAGCCCGAGGCCAGCUGUGGAGGGAGGGGAACAGGAUGAUGAAGAUGGCAGUGUGGGGGCUGUCCGCUACGCUAGGGGCCGCCGUGUUCGCCGUGGCUCAGACCGCCAUGGACUGGGGACCCGACUUGAUACUUCAGCUGUUCUGAUGAGGCCGAUGGGAACAGGACAGGAACCCUUAAUCAAACCCAAAAGCUUCUGUAAUACCUCGAAAAGACUGACAUUGACGACUUGGAGAUCAAAUCUGCUACAGAAGGAGGUAUUUUGGUGCCAAAAAGGUUAUUUUCACUUUUCUGCAAAGAAUCCCAAACAUUUUGGUCAAUUUACAUCCAUUUUGUCAGAGAUGAGACAUGAAACAAGAGUAUAGACUGAAGGAAAUGGCAUUAAGUAAGAAAAAGUGGGCAUAAAAACAUGCAAACUAAUCACAUAGUUCUGCAAUAGGGUUUGAAAAUGCAUGUAAGACACUGACAUCCUGCUGAUAAAGGCUCCUUCUGUAUGCCUCGCUUUUAUCUUUUGCUUUGAAGCGGAUUAUUUCAUUGAUGAACUCAGCGUGUCACAUCUGUUUCAGUGAAGACUCUCGUUUCGCUUGCUGGAUCCUCAGCUUUAUAUAUCAAAAAGCCAAAAGUGCCCAAAGCCAGCACCACGACACACAAACACAAAUUAUUAAAGAGCGGUGUUUUCUGCUGAAAGCCUCUAGUUAUGAGUGAAGGAGGAGGGUUAGUGCUGGAAUUUUUUUUUCUUCUUUUUUUUUUCUGCCUGUAAGCCUUGUAAUAAUUGCUCUUCUGCAGGUGUCAGCGAGUAACAUUUACACUGGAGCUCAACACACAAAAACAAGCUGUUACACCCCCCUCCUCCUACCCUCAAAAACAUGAUCAUUAGAUGCGGUUGGCACAGAUUUCAGGCACUCGUGCUUUUUCACGUGCAUUGUAAUUUAUUUUUUUUUUAGAUUUUAGGAAAUUUCCAAUAUUUUGGUGCUGUUUUUCCCCUCCCACAGACCAACUGCUGCAGAAUGAGUAAGGGGAAGACACCACUAGUUUUUUGUGUUCUUAAAAUAUUUAGCAGGUUUGGGCCUAACUCCAGCCUGAACGGCCGGCAACAGUGCAUGAAUUCCCCCAAUGUGCUUUAUUUGAUAGAUUUUAAAGAUUUUUACGCAAGAAAAAAAAAAAAUUCCUAGAUUGCAUCAUUACUGCUUUAUAUUUAUUAUUAUCAAACACAGAAAGUGAAAUUUCCACUUGAGCUCCGACCAGCUGUCAGGGGCUUUGUGGUGUUUUCCAGCACUUGCUUUUUCUGUAACUUUUCUUCUGAAAUAUUUAUCGGUUUGUACUUGUAGCUAAGUUGCUGCUGCUGCUGUAAAUGUAACACUCACCCCUCUCCACAUGCUCUCUCAUCUAUAAAUGUGUCACAUGUUCGCAUGGCUCGUUGGGCGGUCCGUCCUGUUGAUUUCUGUUGCUUUGCAGCUUAUUAAAUCGCCCAUGCACCGUCCGAAUUAAAGAAGAACACCAACAGCUGGUUUCCACCCUCAGAAAUUCAACCUGGAGACUCAAAAUCCCAGCUUUUAUCGCUGGAAAUAGUCGGUAAAUCAAUAAAGUGUUAUUGCAACAUCUCUGCUGAGCCAAAAGCUAGUUAGGACUCUUGUUUAUCAGAUGGUAAUUGAACUUUGUGUCCCAGAGAACAGAGAAAAUGUCAGCUUUAUUAAUUAACAGGCCAGUUUGUUCUUUUCUUCUGAGGCAACUUUUCUUAGUUGAACUUUUUAGUUCACUCAGUCCCUCAUUGUUGGCUGGAAGGAAUCCAUAAUAUUUUUUUUAUAUAUUUUAUUGAAAAUAUUCCAAUAAAUUACCUCUUUUGGAUGUAUAUUUGGUCAUGUUAAAUUAAAUAAGUUUUGCACGUAUAAAUUUUAUUUUUGGGAUGUCUCUGUGAUAUCAGGUCUGGUACUGACUUGUGAAGGCUUUUAGUACUCACGAUUUUUCGGGUUUGAAGAUGUUACUUAAAAUAAAUAUGUUUUGUGUGAAAUUGGGUAA